AUGUGUCUGCUUUAUGCUUUCUUUGUUUUGCUCUCUCUUAGCUAUGGUUUCGAUCCUAACUGUCCUGGAAGAUGCAGCUGUGAUUCAGAGCAGUCGGUGCAAUGCUACAGGCUAACGGAGGUGCCAUCAGGUAUUCCUUCCACCACCAAGAAGCUCUACUUCAGUCAUAGCAAAAUUCAGCACCUUCAGCUGUCUAACUUCGCCCAAAUGUCAGCUCUAGAAGAUUUUAUUCUGCUGGCCAGUGGAACAGAGUCAGUAGAAAAUGACACUUUCAAGACUUUGAGUACUUUGAAGACCUUGGAACUCUGGAAAAAUAAGUUAAGACGGGUCCCCAGUGCUCUCCCAGCCAGUCUUGAAGUGUUAAAACUAAAUGAUAAUUCAAUAUAUGUCCUUCACGGAUCUGAUUUUGAAGGACUGAAGAAAUUAAAAAUCCUUGAACUGAAAAACAAUCUGAUCUCUUCUCUCUCUCCCAGCAUGCUCUCCUCUCUUGUCAGUUUGCAAAGCUUAGUGUUGGACAGCAACAACAUCGAGUCUGUGAAUGGACCACUGGCACUUCCCCAUCUGAAACAUCUGAGCAUGGAGAAUAAUAAGCUACAUCUCAUACCAGCUAGCUUCUUCACUUCUCUUCAGUCUCUGCAGUUUCUCAGUUUCAGUAGUAACUUUCUGACUAAAAUUCCUAUUAACCUGCCCAAAUCUUUGCUCUCAUUAAAAAUGGAGAGAAACCGGCUCAAAGUGGUAAGGUUUCGAGAUAUGAAACAUUUGGAGAAUCUUUCCCAUCUUUACCUGUCAGAAAACUCACUCUCUUCCAUCGAUGGGGCACAGCUCCUUGCCAAUUUAACUACCCUUGAGCUGUCCCAAAACCAGCUUCAAACGUUGCCCCUCAGACUACCAGCAAGGCUGCAAAAGCUUGAUAUCAGCAACAAUCUGAUUCAGAAAGUUACAGCACAAGACUUCCAGGACCUCCGAGAUUUGAAACAUUUGUUUCUGGACAACAACAUUGUCAGCUUGUUUGAAGCUGGAGCUCUGCAAAGGUGUUCCCAGCUCUCCAACCUGGCCCUGGAGCAGAACCUGCUCUUGUCUAUACCUCUACGGCUCCCGGCAACCUUAGCAAGGCUGGACCUAAAAGGCAAUGCCAUCCAGGAUAUUGCUGAGAGGGAGCUCAAGGAUCUGAAGCAGCUUCAGGUUCUAAACCUUAGGAACAACAAGAUCUCUGCCUUAGACCUCAAAGCCUUGGAGGUGUUGCCUCGCCUCAGGCAUCUGUAUCUGGAUGGAAAUCCGUGGAAUUGCACCUGCAGUCUCCUGAGAGCCAGGGAGGUCCUGAAGGCCAAGGGCACAGAUGUGAGGGGAGGACAAUGUGCAGCACCAGCUGAACGACAAGGGGAGAGCUGGAUGUCUUCCAAGAAGAUAAUGAGGCAAUGUGAGCAUCACUUGCAUCUGACCGAGAAAAGCAAAGAGACCAAAAAGAAACCAAAGCCUGAAGAGCACUCCAGCAUCAGAAUCAAUGUGGAUGAUGAUUAUUAUGAUUAUGAGAUAGAUUAAGGAUGAGCUUAGUUUACAGUUUAGAAAAAGGUUUUGUUUCUUUCUUUUUUUAAAAUAGACUUCAUUUGUAGAGCAGUUUUACGUUCAUAGCAGCAUUGAGAGGAAGGUACAGAGAUUUCCUAUAUACCUCCUACCCCUACACAAACAUAGCCUCCCCCAUUACAACGUGUCCCACCAGAAUGGAACAUUUGUUACAGUUGAUGGAUCUCUAUUGACAGGUCAUAAUCACCUAAAGUCCAUAGUUUACAUUAGGGUUCACUCUUGGUGUUGUACAUACUCUGGGUUUGGACAAAUAUAUAAUGACAUGUAUUUACCACUAUAAUAUCACACAGAGUAGUUUCACUGCCCUAAA